AGAGAGCGAGAGGGACCCGGAUGCUGAUGCGAGCGAGACGAAGGAAGGAGGAGAGCGCGAGAGAAAAUAUCGAUUUACGGCAAGAAAAAGCGAAGGGAGUGUAAUUCAGGGGGGGCCUUUACCCCGCGUGAGCCACCAGCAGGAACGGGACGCGACGGCCUUUGAUAGUGCGGCCAUCCGCGUCUCUCGUUGCCGUUCGUUUGUCCCCCGUGCGCCCGCCGCCGAGGGGGAGGAGGACCGCGCCGGAGGAGCGAGGCGGGGAGGAGAAGAUGCUGCCGGUCGACAUCCCGCUAGUUGCCGUGAUGUAGGGAGGUAGAGGCGGGAGAGCGGGGGGGGGGGGAGGAGGAGGAGGCUGGCGGAGGAGAGAUGGGGGAGGACCUCGACAGGGAUGGUUGUUUCGUCGGGAGUACGCGUUUCACCAGGAGAUUUCGCCGGAAUGCGGCGACUGUGCGACACGUCUGACGGUUCGGCGAUGCCCGGCAACUUCCGGAGGGGUCGGUCCUUCUGACCGGCGGCCGUCGGUCCGGCCGCGGAGGCUAAAGCUAGCCCCGCUGCUGCGGGGGAGAGCGGCCGGCGAGGCCAGAAAAUAGCAUGUUAUUGCACCUGCGGAGAGGGGGAGAAAAAACCACAGGCCCCGACCGGAGGGAGAUAAACUGACACAAUUACCCGCCCGGUCGAGCGUCCCGACGUGAUGCCCGUUAGCCUCCACCAUUCAUGCUAACCGCACAGCGGCUAAUGACGUCGUGACGGUCGUUUUCCUCUCCGCCGUCAUACAACCUGCACGUCGUGCGCGUGUGAGUUAUAUAAGUGAGCUGGUCAGUGUUUUAACGCGUUAAGCAGCGGAGGAACUUAACGCAUCAAGUUCGGUUUCUCUGCUCGCAUCCACCUCUAGAAACGCGAUUCAGAUCACAAACACUGACAUAUUUAUCUAGCUGUGUGUGUGUGUGUGUGUGUGUGUGUGUGUGUGUGUGUGUGUGUGUGUUAACCACGUCUGAAUAAAGACUGUUAAUUCAUCCCCCAGAUGUAGUGAAUCAGCUCCAGCUUCGUCCUGUAACCGCAGAGUUGCAUUGAAAUAAAAAAAAGGUGCUCCUUCUUCUCAGUCGAGCACCUUCUUGUAGCCCACAACGACUGCUUAAGCGGUAAAAAAAUACCCCAGAGAUCGCAAUAACCCCCCUCGUGCAGUACUAGUAGCGCAUUAGCCUCCAGAAAGAGCAGUAUGAGUAAGGAACUGUCCCUAAGUCAGUCAGCUCAGUAUGUUGGGCCCUACCGACUGGAGAAAACUCUGGGGAAGGGACAGACAGGCCUGGUCAAGCUCGGGGUCCAUUGCAUUACGGGUCAGAAGGUAGCGAUCAAAAUAGUCAACAGAGAGAAGCUGUCUGAGUCGGUGCUGAUGAAGGUUGAGAGGGAGAUUGCCAUUCUGAAACUGAUUGAGCAUCCGCAUGUUUUGAAGCUGCAUGAUGUUUACGAGAAUAACAAAUACCUGUACCUGGUGUUGGAGCACGUGUCAGGAGGAGAGUUGUUUGACUACCUGGUGAAGAAGGGCCGGCUGACUCCCAAAGAGGCCAGGAAGUUCUUCAGGCAGAUCAUCUCCGCUUUGGAUUUCUGCCACAGUCAUUCCAUCUGUCACAGAGACCUGAAGCCCGAGAACUUGCUCCUGGAUGAAAAGAACAACAUCCGUAUCGCUGACUUCGGCAUGGCCUCCCUGCAGGUGGGAGACAGUUUGUUAGAGACCAGCUGUGGAUCACCACAUUAUGCUUGUCCUGAAGUUAUACGGGGCGAGAAAUACGAUGGGCGGAGAGCAGACGUGUGGAGCUGUGGGGUCAUUCUUUUCGCUCUGCUGGUGGGAGCCCUGCCCUUCGACCACGACAACUUACGCCAGCUCCUGGAGAAGGUGAAGAGCGGGGUGUUCCACAUGCCCCACUUCAUCCCCCCGGACUGCCAGUCGCUGCUCAAGGGCAUGAUCGAGGUCAACCCCGAAAAGAGGCUCACGCUCGAGGCCAUCCAGAAACACGCCUGGUAUCUGGGUGGUCGUAAUGAGCCGUGUCCAGAGCAGCCUCCUCCCAGGCGGGUGUGUGUGAGGCAAAUCUCGUCCCUGACUGAGCUGGACCCAGAUGUGUUGGACAGCAUGCACUCGCUGGGCUGUUUCCGGGACCGAGGAAAGCUCACACGGGAUUUGCAAUGUGAAGAGGAAAACCAGGAGAAGAUGAUCUAUUACCUGCUGCUGGACAGGAAAGAGCGCUACCCCAGCUAUGAGGAUGAGGAUUUGCCUCCACGCAAUGACGUAGCAGAUCCUCCUCGAAAGCGCGUGGACUCCCCGAUGCUGACGCGCCACGGCCGCUGUCGCCCCGAGAGGAAAAGCCUGGAGGUGCUGAGUGUCACCGAACAGGGGUCUCCUACCCCGCCUCGCAGGGCUCUGGACACAGCCGCACACAGCCAGAGGUCCCGCUCGGUCAGUGGCGCAUCGACCGGCCUCUCCUCCAGCCCUCUCAGCAGUCCCAGGUCCUAUCAAAGCCCCGUCUUCACUUUCAGCCAAUCAGACGUCUCCUCUGCCACCGCCUCCCACCUCACAAAGGAGCCCAAACAGGGAAACGCCACCACACCGCGCCCAGCGCGGGCUCACGACAGGCCCAAAGCUCUCCCCAACCCAAAGACCCAGACCCUGCCCGCCAAGGGGCCGGCAGACCGACCCCACCUGCAGCCCAUCAAGUCCUUGCCUCUGCACAACCCAUCCUCCCGCUCCCCCUCCCCCUCUCCGCUGCUGUCACCCAUCCCGCGUUUCUUCUUCCCCUCGUCCUCUGUCCUAAAGUCCCUGACUAAGAGCUUCUACCCAAACUGUGCCCACUCUGUGCCGCAGGUCACCCCCCAGGGCUCUCCGUUGCCCACGCCCUUGGGCACCCCUGUCCACCACCCUCACCACCCUUCCUCCACCCCGCCCUCCUCCUCCUCGUCCUCGUCCUCCUCGCGGGCGGAGGGAGGGGGAGGCGUGGGCUCGCUGUCCCUGACCCCGCCCUCCAGCCCCGGAGGGGGAAGCGGCAUGGCGGCCAGCAGCUCCGCCCACUGGAGGACUCGCCUCAAUUCUUUCAAGAACAACCUGCUGGGUUCGCCCCGGUUCCACCGCCGCAAACUGCAAGUUCCUACGUCAGAAGACAUGUCCAGUCUAACGCCAGAAUCCAGCCCCGAGCUGGCUAAGAAGUCGUGGUUCGGGAACUUCAUCGGCUUGGAGAAGGAGGAGCAGAUCUUCGUGGUGAUCAGAGACAAACCUCUGAGUUCCGUCAAAGCCGACAUUGUCCACGCAUUCCUGUCCAUCCCGUCGCUCAGCCACAGCGUUCUCUCGCAGACCAGCUUUCGGGCCGAGUACAAGUCCUCCGGCGGCCCUUCCGUCUUCCAGAAGCCCGUCAAGUUCCAGGUGGACAUCGCUUUCUCCGAAGGCGAGAGGGAGCGAGACCGGGAGAGGACCGAGAGGGAGGGAAGGAGGGAGACGGGAAUCUACAGCGUGACCUUCACCCUCAUUUCAGGUCCGAGCCGCAGGUUCAGACGAGUGGUGGAAACCAUUCAGGCCCAGCUUCUCAGCUCCCAUGAUCAGCCCAUGGUGCAAGCGCUAUCUGACCCCUUCCCAGACGAGAAGAACGGCCGGCCCCACGGAACCCCCACCCGCCAAAACUCCAGGCGCUCCGAGGGUGGGGGCGACAGAUGCGAGUGGGGCGACCGGGCGGACGGCGGAGGCAUCGGCGGCAGCGGAGGGGUUCUGCAGCGCAGAGGCUCGGCGAAGGAGAGGACCCGUCUGCUGUCCUCCAAUGGAACCCAAUCCCAACCGUAGGGGCAGAAAGCGAGAGCAUGCAGCCGGGAGCCUGACGUUCACCGGAAGGAAGACAAGUGUGACGUCCCCGCCGAGCAUCUCCGUCAGCCAUCAGCUACUCCUCUUCUUCCUUGUUAAUGAAGGUGCGAAGGUUCAGCCCCCCCCGCCCCCGUCACGCUUUUGUUCCCAUCUCGAGAUUCCACGACCUUCUGGAUCCUGAAAGGAGAACCAAGUGUUAAGGAAUCACCCUUUUAAUGAAAAAAGUAAUAUGAAUGAGCAGUUUGCGAUCCAUCAUAGAUACAGCUUCACAGAUCAAACUAGGAGUUUUAAAGUGCUAAUGUGCAUGCCAGUUAGCAAACCAGCCUGCUAAAGGAUGCUAAAAAUGACCUGAUAGGCUAGACGAGCAAAUCAUCGUGAAACAGUAUCCGUCACCAAAAAGAUAACAGUCUUGCGAUGGUUCUCAAGAUAACUCGAUGAAAUGAACCAGUGCACUCAUACCAUUAUCAAGCAACAUACCCGUCCGUACCGAAAGAAUUAAAGACGCAUCUCAGCAGAUGAAGCCUCAGAGUCAGCGACCUGCUCCCACUCCAGCGAGUGCCGAUGAGCCGAACGAAAGGUCCUGAUUUCCUCAGGAGAAUUCCAGCAGUGUCUUCUCCUGAGGUGAAUAAAACCAACCAAGUAAGCUAUGUAAGUGAAUGUGAAAAAAAGUUAAUAUUUUUUUAUUUAGUUUGUAUUCAUUGUUUGCACAUUUCUUUGGAGGAUGUCAGUAGCAUAGUGAUAACAGCAGAGAGAGAAACUGAAAUUAUCUUUCUUUUUAUUUGUUUCGACUUAAAUGUUUUAAUUCUUUUGUAUUUUCUUUUUACUCAGAGACAAUAUUAAACAAUUCAUCUAAGGCGUUUGCUUUGGACCCCUGUUGCUCUGAAAAAAAAAGUAUUUUUGAUUUGAACAGAAAUAGAAACGUAAUUAUACAAAGAAAACAUACAAACACUUGAACGCGUGAAUAGUUCCAUGAACCUCAUCACAGCUGUUUGUGCCCAGAUGGAAUGAGAGGAACAUUCCUGGCCCGCUUAUCUCCUAUCUCCAUAAUAUCCACACACUGACUCGGAACAAAAUAUAACAGCAACGACAAAAAAAAACUAAAGGAAAUUCAUCCCCGGACAUUUUCAAAAAGCCGGACUUUAAAGGCUUGCGAUGUCAAUUCCUUGUUGAACAUGGACUUCAAAAUGAGAAGCAAACAAAGAGUCCCCGAGACACCCUCCCCUCCCCCCUGCUCCUGACUUCAGUGUUCACCCCACAAGCCAAGUAGUCCAUCACUGCACCCGCGCUCACCCCCGGAGAGUCGCAGCAUCCCGCCAGCGGACGUAGCACCUCGGACACUCGCGUAUUACUCCAGCACUCUGGCAGACUAGUCGAUGUUCUUCACCAGUCUUCCAUGCAGCACAAUAUGCAACGAAAGUGCAGAAUGUUUUCAGAGAGAUACACAGUGCUACGGUUGCGUUUAUUUGAAUUCUGGUUUUGUAUCUGUUGUUUACCUAGGCGUCUAUUUAUUUGUAUUUAUUUAUAUGUGUGUUUGUUUAGUCAUGUGGUUGCUCGUGCCAUGUGCUCAUUUACAAACUAGAUUUUAUGCCAACAAAAUAUAUAUAUAUAUAUCGACAGCUACUUCAACAAACCUGUUAGAUUUCAUUUCUCUUUGUCACUCUUGUUUGAGUGUUUGUUUAAAGAACGAAUGACGACUUUGAUGGCAGGACGAACAAGUUGCUCUCAUCUGACUUCUCCGAUGACCUUUGUUUGUAUCUAACAUGUCUUUUAUUGCACUUAUCUCUAACUGGAAGGUGUGUGAGCGUGAGCUGAAACCUUUGGAGCAGAUGCAUUUUGAGCUGAUCAUGUGCAGAGACCCAGAAAUAUCUCAUCAACUAACAGCCAAACCAUGACAGGCUCAUCGCACAUCUCACACACAUUAAAGGCUUGCUAAUUCGCUUUGUCUCUCGGUUUUAUGCCUUGCCCCUUUGACCUGUCUGUUUGCCUCUUCACCUGUUGUGUAGCCAUCGUCACGAGAGAAACUGUAUAAAGUUGUUUGCCACACUGUCCGUAUGCACUCUUUGAUUGCUCACCAUCACCAUUCCCAUCGCUCUCAUCACUUUCACUUUCACUUUCAUUGACCCAACUCUGGCUAAGAUUGUACACUAUUCUCUAUUCAUAAGGGUCAGUAGAAUAAGGUGUUUUAAAAAAGAAAUGUCUGUAUCAUAAUUUAAAUAUAAAAAGUGCACUAUUAUAACUAUUGCCUGUGAUAAAAAGAACAAUUAUGAUUGAAUUGAUGGUUAAAAUAAAGAGAGAUCCACCUUAUUGUUAUGGUUACAACAAUAAACCCUAAAUUCAUGCGUG